UUCGGAGUACACACCUUAGCAUUCACAAUAUGUAACACUUGAAAUAUUUCUAAAAUACAUAAUUUAGUUUUAUCCAUCCUCUACAAUUGUGCUGUACAAAUAAUAAGAAAAAAAAACGGUUUUAUGUCACUUAACAUGGUCUAUAUUUAAUAACUAAUUUGUGCUCAAAAGUAUCGGAGUCAAUUUAAAUUCCAUCAAUAUUUCAACGAUCUAGAGUGAUCAUUUUACAACAAUAAAUACAUGUACAUUAUUAUUUGAUUCAAUUAACCGGUUAAAGGUGAAAACAGUAACGUAGCCCAGUUAAACAGCUGAUGUUUUAAAAUUGCCAUUAAAUGCCUCUUUAUUUGAGAACACAUCGAACAAGUGAAAUGGAGGAGUAUUCAGCAGUUUCAGACAUAUCUGUUGUAGAUGUAUAUGAUAUUGCAUCGGAAAUUGGCAAAGAAUGUGAGAAACUAAUUGAUACCUUUGGUGCUGAGGCUGUAACCGGUCUCAUGCCAAAGGUAAUUAAUGCUUUGGAGCUACUGGAAAAUUUUGCAACUAAAAAUGAACGGGAAAUAACAACUGUGCAAGAAUUAACAGCGAAAAUUUCACAACUAGAGAAUGACAAAAUUGGAAAAGCGGAAGAUCGACAAAGGUUCGAAAAAGAAGUUGAACAAACAGAGGAACAUUGGAGACAAGAAUCCAGAGAUCUUGUUGGAAUGGUUACAAGAUUGCAAGAAGAAAAUCGACGACUUGCAGAAGCUCUACAAGAAUCUCGAAGUGAUAAUCAUCAGGACAGCGCCUUUACAGCAAGUCAAGAAGUUGAUAUUGCUGUCUUACAACGAUUAAGAAGUAUGAUCGAUAAACAACGAGAUCAAAUUCGCGCUCGAGAUCGUGAAUUAUCACAAAAAAAUAUGGAAAUUGAAAAUCUAACAGUUCAAGUAGAAAAGCUAAGUACAGUCAGCAGAGAACUGAAACGUAAACAACGUCAAGCACAAAUGCAAGCACGAGGUCUUGUUGAAGAACGUGCUGACUUUUUAGCCCAAUUACAAGAUCAAAAUCGAGAAUUAAUUAAUUUGAGAGCUCGACUUGGAUUAGCACGCAAAGAAAAUGAAGAUUUAUCAAAAUCUCAAGGAUGUCCGGACCUUACAAAUAAAGUAAUCUAUGAUCUAGAUGAUCCAGAUCGACCAAGAUUCACUACUGCUGAGCUUAAAGAAAUUUUGCAUGAACGAAAUGAAUUAAAAGCUCGGGUAUCAGAUCUUGAAGAUGAACUUGAGAUAUAUCGUCCAAAACCUGAAACCAGUCAACCAGCCAUCUUAUUCAAUUUUGUGCGAAAUGUUCGCAGAAAUAAUUUUUAUACGCCAGAGGAUGAUAAAGAGGCUCCUGUACAAGGACCAUUACCAUAUGAACCAGACGAUGCUCCAUGGAAAAAAUCAUCUGAAUCUGGAAUUCGCAAAUUCUUUCGGAAAAUAUUUUCUGAGACAUCUGGUAAUCUCUUAGGAGGCAGCAGCCCUCGAAGAAGUCUCUCUAGUCUAUCAAAAAUGGCCCUUUCGGGCAACGGUGCCAAUGAUACGUCAAUAUAAAUUACAUGUUUUGAGUGAUAAAUUUUUAUUAGCUUUAUGUUGUUCUUAUAUACAUUUUAUGUUUAACAAUUACCAUGGUAUGAAGAGUAAAAUUGAUUAAAUAGAUCAGACAUUAUAAUAAUAUAACAUUAGAUCUAGUCUAUUGAGAACAAAUAAUAAUAUGAUUAAACCUAGAAUUUUUGUCGCGUUUUUCGGUCAUAAAUAGUUAAAUUAUUUAUUUAUCUCUUUAUUAUCGAAAAAGUGUUGAUUAAAAUUUUAGCCAAAAUAUAUUCUACUUCUCAAUGACCGUAAGAAUUACGUAAACAAAAUUUGACAUAUAGAUCUUAAACUAACGUAUACGUACUGAAAACAGUAGAACAAAAGUAAGUAAAAUAGGGAAAUUUAUUUUAUGAAUUGUCUUCAACUUCAAAAUUACCGAUCAAGUAUUGAAAAAAGAUAACAAUAGAAUCUUGUUUUGUUUACAUUCCAAUAAAUUUUUUAGGCCAAAUAAACUACUAAAUUACUCUAAAAACAUUACAAUUAAUUUUAUCGUACAGAAUAAGUGAACCUUAAUAUUCAUAUUAUCAUUUAACAUUUAUUUUUAAAAUAGUAAUGAUAAAAAAUAGAUCUACUUUCGUAGGAA